AUGUGGAGAGUGCCUUUCUCCCUUGCGUCUCGGUCCUGCAUAUUGCUGGUCGCUAAAGCACCUCAGCAAACGGCGGCUGAGGCUGGUUCUGCAGACUCCAAGAAGUGCGCUGUCGCUCCAGCCUUCUGCACGACUAUGAAUAAGCGCUAUGACCGUUUUCUAUGUGCACUAUGUACUGCAUAUCGUCAUCUGUACGGUGCAAUCCACUGUGCCUGCAUUCAUUUACAAACAGUUAAUCUGCAUGUCGAGUGGAUCAUCAAGGAAGAAGAAAGCAUACUACAUGCUCAAGCCCAAUCGAAAUGA